AUGGGUGAACCAGUCGUCAACGGCGAGAAGGUCUAUUCUCAGUUCCUGAACCACCUGACCUCCUACCCGGUCGUCUCAGACUCCAUCUCUGUCUUCAAAGGCAACCCCUAUGGCGCCAAGUCCCUCGAGUUCGCCGACCACGGCUACGACCGUCUCGCCAAGCCCGUCCUGCCAUACUUCGCUACUCCCUUCAGCUAUGUCGCUCCCUACCUCGAGCGCGCCGACUCUCUGGGAGACAAGGGCCUGAGCAGCAUCGAUACCCGCUUCCCCAUUAUUCGGGAAGAUACCCAGAAGAUCCGCGGCACCAUCUACAACACUGCAGGUUACCCAGUGCGGGUCGCAGGCGAUGUCAAGCACCACGUCUUCGAUGUCUACGGAACAGAGUACAAGAAGUGCGGUGGUGAUGGUCUUGUCGCCUCAGGCAAGGCUGUCAUCACGACCAGCUUGAUGCUGUCCCAAGAGUCGCUGGCCUGGAUCAGCACCUUCCUGCAGAAGUCCAAGGAGGAGGUCAAGGAAGUCAUCCACGAGAAGACCAACAGCCACUGA